AUCACUUCAGAAAUAUUGGCGGCCAUAUUUCUAAAUUAUUACCAGAAAUGAUAAAAUAUAAUGAUAAUCAAACAUUGGAUUUUAUACCUGAAACUAAUCUUAAACAAAUUUGUAAAUUUUUGGACAAAAAAGAUAGAUGGAUGCAACUUGCCAAAAAAUAUGAAAUUGAUGUUGAAAUUUAUAAAAAGGGUGACAAUCCCUCAAAUAGGUUGCUCAAAAAGCUUAAAAUUUUAAAUAUAUCUAUUGGACACUUAUUAAAAGUUUUCGAAGAAUUUGAAUAUGAUCCUCCACUUUUACUCUUUAGAACAAUCGAAACAGUAAAAAUUAUUAAAGAACCUCCCAAUAAACUAGUUAUAAACAAUGGGGGCACUAUUUAUUUAGAGUGCAUUGCCACUGGAUUUCCACAUCCACUAUAUCAAUGGUUUAGGAAAAAAGAAUUUUUGAAGGAUCAACAAAAAAAUAUUUUAAAAAUUACAAAUGCACAAUUAAUUGAUCAGGGACUUUAUAUAUGUAGGGUUCAUAAUUCAGGAAUGAAGAAUUCUAUCUUUACAAAUUGGUCUAUAAUUAAAAUAAUAUUUGAUAUUGUAAAAGAUACUCAAUCAAAAGAUGAUGCUAAACCUAUAUAUAACAAAUUAGUUCCUUUUAAACCUCCUAAAAUUACAAGACAUCCAAUAGCUUAUUUAGAAAUAGAGGAAAAUUCUACCAUAACCCUAAAUUGUUGUGCCUUAGGUAUACCCAAUAUAUCAUUUCAAUGGUUCAAAGAUGGAAAUACUUUAGAAGGUCAAAUAUAUCCAAAUUUAAACAUCGUUAAUUGCCAACAAUGCAAACAUGAGGGUAUCUAUCAAUGCAAGGUAUCCAACGAUAAUGGAUUUGUCUGGAGUUGUCAAUCUCAAGUGACGUUUCUAACUAAUUAUAGUAACUUGCCUUCCAAUAAAUGUAAUGCACUAUCUCAUUUAAGUGAUGUUAAGAUGCCUGAAAUAAUUUACCACCCUCAAGCCCCUAGCGAUAGAAUCACUGUUGGCAGUUCAAUAAUUCUAGCUUGCAGGGCUGUAGGUAAGCUACCUUUACGAUAUGAAUGGUAUAAAAACAAUCAGAUAAUAUCUGGAGUUGAAACAAACGAAUUGAAAUUUUUAAAUAUACAAUCUGACACAGAAGAUGGUGGUUGUUAUCAAUGCAGAGUGUACAACACAUUUGGGUCAAGCCUAUCUAAACCUGCUAGAAUUUGUUUAGAUUUUACCCCAGAUUCAAUUCAAAUUACAGCUACCGAUAAGAUUGCUAUAUUGAUAGGAAACUACGAUUAUUCGCCUUUAUUAAAUUCUCUGGAAACUGUCAAAAAUGAUUGUAAAACGUUAGCCGCUCGACUAGAUGGUUUAGGAUUUAAAGUUUUUACCUAUUUAAAUUUAAAUCAUCGCGAAAUGUUAGAAAAAAUUAAAAUAUUCAUUCACACAUUGAAACAUUCGUUUAGCUCAAGAAUGUAUUUCGUGUUUUAUUUCGGCGGGCACGGCUUCGAAAAGAACGGUAAAAGUUUUUUGGUUCCUAUUCAAAGAGUUAACAAUGAUAAUACCCAACCUUUAAACUCAAUUUCGCAAGAUUUAAAAAACGAAUGUAUAUGCGUAGAGCGGGAUGUUUUGUACAAACUAAACGACGGAAAAAAUAACCCUUCUUUGAUAGUUUUCUUGUUGGAUAUAUGUAGGCUAGAAGAGAUAGGAUUGGAUCAUUUGACAUUGACAAAUCAACAUACCGAAGAUUUCGCCAAUCAACAUUCUUUAAACAAUAAUGAUGUGAAUCUCGCUAAUCCCAUUAUGGACACUUUAACGUCUGCAAAUCCAUGCGGAAGCGAUUUGGAAAUAGGUGGUAAUUACAUCUUCGGUUAUGCCACCAGUAUAAGUAAUAGAGCCUUCGAAAUGGAAGGCCAAGUCAAUAGUAUUUUUAUGACCCACUUGCUCAAGUUCAUCAGUUUAGCUUUACCGAUUGAAGAGAUUCUAAGGCUUACACGGCAGAGCGUUUUUGCGACAGAACCCUUGGCUAAAUCAAAUAAUCAGUUUCCCGAAAUCAGGAGUAAUUUAUCUAAAAGCUUUUCGUUGGCCGAUAAAAUUGUUCCCAAAGAGCCUUAAUCAAUGAAAGAUUAUUAAGAGAAUGGAAGAUCGGUAUUAAAUAUAUUGGCGGAAUACAUUUGUUAAUUAUAAAUAACGACACAUUUUAAAUUCUACUUUACGGAUGUUUAAAUAUAGACAUUAUCAAGCGAAUAAUAGACGGGAGAAAACGAGAUAUGAUUAGCUCAACUUAUUAAUUUUAAUAAUU